AUGAGACUCGCUCAAUUGGCCUUCGGCCUUAGCCUGCAGCGGCUGGCGCUGGCAGAGAAUGCUCUGGACUGCGCAAGCGACGCGUGUACUGCUCUCGCAGCAGCCUUGCCAGGCAAUGUGGCACAUCCCAACACCACACCCUACAUUCAGGCCAACAAUUUCUGGUCAGAUCGACAAGCUGAGGUGCAUCCUCGAUGCUUCGUGACUCCAAGAAAUACGGAACAAGUCUCGACCGUCAUCAAGAUCCUCACGUCACGAAAUGUACCCUUCGCAGUCAAAAGUGGUGGACACACCGCCUUCGCCGGGGGCUCCAACAUCGCCGACGGCGUGACGGUCGACCUGGUGUACCUUAAUGACAUCACUGUCUCGGCCGAUCGCCAGACUCUGGCCGUCGUGGGCGGGCGUGUCGCAGACGUCGGCGUAAGCGGACUAAUCCUCGGAGGCGGUAUCUCAUACUUCUCUGGUCUGAAAGGGUGGGCUUGCGACAAUGUGCGCAACUUUGAAGUCGUGGUUUCGUCGGGCGACAUUGUUAAUGCGUCCCCAACGAUAAACCCAGACCUAUACUGGGCGCUUCGCGGAGGCGGUGGCUCGAAUUUCGGCAUCGUGACGCGCUUCGACCUGGCUUCAUUUGACCAGGGUGACCUUUGGACCAGCUCGUUGAUCUUUCCGGGUGCUUUGAACAGCACGCUGAUACCGCUGUUCCAGAACUUGACGGUCAAUGGCCUACCGAGCGACCCGGCGGCUCACACAUACUUUGUUUUAACCUACCAGCCUUCCCUCGGCGGGUAUAUCACUCUCGCCAGCUUCUAUCAUGCCACCAUUCCUUCGCCGCCGGACAGCACUCCUCCUGUAUUUGCCCAGUUUCAGUCUAUCCCAUCGCCCAUUUCCAACUCCACGCUGGUCACCAACAUCUCGGCGCAAUCCAGGAUAAUCGACAUCCCAUACGGCUCGCGGCAAACGUGGUGGGAUACAACCGUCUCUGCUACCUCUCCGUCCCUGCUCACCGCCAUCGUGCCCCUCUUUGAAGCCCGAAACGCCGCUCUGUUUGCAGCCGCCAAAGGGAGUAACAUUACCCCGUUCCUGGUCUUUCAGCCUAUUCCCGUAAAUGUCCUCUCCGCAAUGCAGAAAAAUGGCGGAAACGCUCUGGGCCUGGAAUACUCGGAUGGACCCUUGAUGAUAGUACAGUUGACGACAACCUGGGAGCACGCACGGCUAGACAGGCUCGUCGAAGACAGCUCACGGGAGCUGAUUGCCAAGAUCGAGAGCAUGGCAAAGAAGCGUGGACUGGACAAUGGGUUCGUAUACAUGAACUAUGCAGGAAACACACAGCAGGUGCAGAAGCAAUAUGGCAAGGAUAAUAAUCGCAGGUUGAAGCAGAUUGCCAGAAAUUGGGACCCUCUGGGAAAUCUGGCGCAGCUUUGGAGAGGUUAUUUCAAGCUGGAUGGGUAG